ACAGCUUCUAUCAGUGUUGUUUUCUUUACAUUAUAGUCUUCAUUCAGUUUAGUCCUGGCUAGCAGUUGGACUCAGUGAUCUUUGUGGGUCCCCUCCAGCAUGGGAUAUUCUACAAUCCUGUGUCACCUCUCCGCCUGACCUCGGUGCUUAGCACCCAGUGGGUGCCCCACUGUUCACUGGGGCCGGGGCACGUUGGCCUCUGUACCCUACAUGCACUCAGGAUUUUGUUCUUCUCUGGGUUGUUUAUUCAGUACUGAGCUACGUGUGUCUCCACAAGCAGCAGCUCUGUGCCAAGAGGAGGAAGUUAUAGGAGGAAACCAGCAACAAGAGCCUGUUGCUCAAUUAGCUGCGUUGUCAGCAGCGCUUGGCUAACGAGAGCCACACUUGGGAUUGUACAACCCACACACAUUGCACAAAGCUGGCCUCAGGAGGAGCUGAGGUUUUGCCUAUUGGUUGCUCCUGUACCAUGUGCUGGCUGUAUAGGUGGUGGGAGAGGUUUGGGGGUCAGAAAAGCAAGGACAAGCUCAGGCAAACCUUUCCUACAAGCACAGACAGGGAGGAAAUGUUUUUCACGGUUUUCCUAUCAGGACAUGAGGAUGAUUCAACAGUACCCCAAGGCUGUGCCCAUGACAAACGAGCUCAGAUGAGCAAAGGGAUGCAUUUUCUUGUCAGGUAGUGCCUUCUCUUUUUAUCAGGACUGUGGUAGAGCCAGCUGGAUGCACUCCUGCUCUUUGCAAAAGCUACAGAAGGAGAGAAAAUAGUCAAAUGCAUGUUGAAUGCUGGGAUAAUUUGCCACCUCAUUCCCAUACAUUUUGGCAAGUUCUGAACCCUCCCAGUGCCUCUGAGAGUCCUGGCUGCCUUCAAGCCCUGACUAAGGCCCUGAAGACCUGGAUGUGAACUGCCUGAAAAUCAGUGCCCAGCAUGAUCCUGGCUGUUUUCCCAUGGGAAGGAACAUUGUUGCAGUGAUGCAGGAACUUCCUUCAUCUGCCUGACGCAUCCGCUUCGGGUCAUUAAGAAAGCAUUUCUCAAUUGGGAGCUUAGAGAAGUAGGAAGUCCCAGCCUUGUUUUACAAGAGACUGGCUGUUUGCAGAGUGUUUCCCAAUCAUUUUGCUCUUCCCUCAGCCUUUGGAAAGGAAUCCUCAAUCCAGACUGCUGCAGUGGAGCAUGGUGUGUUGGGAACAAGUGUUCCCUGCAUCUUACAGCAUCGUGUGGGGUGUCCCUAGGGCUCCUCCAUUUUUUGCUGGAGCUGGGACCUGGAAGAUGCAAGUAAGGCUGCACUGAAAGGCUCAGUGGUUGGAAGUUGGCCAGGCUUUGGGCACCACAGGCAAGAUUGGGGUGCUGGGAGAAAACUUCUUCUGCAGGUAGUGGCACAUUUAUUUAUUUUUUUCCUUUAAUUGGGAAUGACCUUUGUUCCCUAACCACAGCUUUCCCUGGAGAGGUAGGAUUUAAUCCCACAGUUUGCCUACCCCAGAGGGACAGUUUAAGCCUCAGUGAGCCCUGCAGUCACGCUGCCUGGGGGAGUGUGUAGGUUUCCUGGUGCAGACCCAAGCACGAUGCUCCCAGACAGCUAUAAAUCUCCCACAGGAUGCAGCUGGUUAACUUCAUCCAUGUGUUGAGAUCCACCAAGAAAUCUCUCCCCUCUGGCACAUGAACGACCGCGCUAUUUAAUAAAUCAGCACCACAGACUCACAGUGGGUUCACCCUGAGCAGGGUGGGGGGGCUCGCCUUACACACACGCCAUGCAUCUGUGCCCAAGCAGAAGAAAACCCAAGCUGCUAAGCUCUCAGCGUGAUCUCCAGGUGCUGUGCACGCACACACCACGCUCUUGUAUCACCACAACCUCUCUUAAACACAGACAGGCUUCCUCUGGCUUUGUGGGCGAAGGGUGUGCAGCCUCCCUCCGGCACCUGCAGCCGAAGGCGUGACUUGGCAGCAGGUGACACUGCCUCUCCCUGCCUGUAACCACAGCCCUGCGCUUGCAGGGCAAUCCAAGCAGCGCCCGUGGCACCGGGUGCUCCCACCGCCCCGGCAAAGAUGGUGGAAGGAGUGCUCGCCAAACUCUUCCCCAAACGGCCAUCUGCUCGCUUCGUGCAGAAAUAUCAGCCCCUUGGGAGCACCGAGCCAGAAGAGGAGAGCCAGGAGUGUGAGCUGAAAGUCAUUGAGCAGGAGAAGGAAGUGACAGUUCUGCUACCAAAAGAUGCUUGUAAAUGCCAUAAAGAAGACUUGGCUAAAGCCUUAAACGUUGAUUUACAAACUGGGCUCUCCGAGUUUUCUGUGCUGCAGCGGAGGUUAAAACACGGCUGGAAUGAAUUUUCAGUAGAUGCCACAGAGCCUAUAUGGAAGAAAUACUUGGACCAGUUUAAGAAUCCCCUCAUUCUCUUGCUGCUGGCUUCUGCUUUGGUAAGCGUCAUCACUAAGGAGUAUGAGGAUGCUGCGAGCAUCACCAUGGCUGUGCUCAUCGUGGUCACCGUGGCCUUCAUCCAGGAGUAUCGUUCUGAAAAGUCUCUGGAAGAACUGAACAAGUUGGUUCCUCCUGAGUGCAACUGCCUGAGGGAAGGAAAACUGCAGCAUCUUCUAGCAAGAGAGCUUGUGCCUGGAGAUAUCAUAUAUCUUUCUGUUGGUGAUAGGGUUCCUGCAGACCUCAGGCUAAUAGAGGUUACAGAUCUGCUGGUGGAUGAAUCCAGUUUUACAGGAGAAGCUGAGCCUUGCAACAAGACUGAUGGUGUGUUACUGGAAGCUGGAGACAUAACCACUCUGAGCAAUGUUGUUUUCAUGGGGACCCUGGUGCGAUAUGGGAAGGGAAAAGGUGUAGUUAUUGGGACAGGUGAAAAUUCACAGUUUGGAGAGGUGUUCAAAAUGAUGCAAGCUGAAGAGACUCCCAAAACACCUCUCCAAAAAAGCAUGGACAGGCUGGGGAAGCAACUCACCCUUUUCUCCUUUGGCAUAAUUGGUUUAAUAAUGCUCAUUGGCUGGUUACAAGGAAAGCAUCUUCUCAGCAUGUUCACCAUUGGAGUCAGCCUGGCAGUGGCUGCCAUCCCAGAGGGCCUUCCCAUCGUGGUCACCGUGACACUGGUGCUGGGUGUUCUUCGUAUGGCCAAGAAAAGAGUGAUUGUGAAGAAGCUGCCCAUCGUAGAAACCUUAGGCUGCUGCAAUGUCAUCUGCUCAGACAAGACGGGCACUCUGACUGCCAAUGAGAUGACAGUGACUCGACUUGUGACCUCAGAUGGCUUCCAGGCAGAGGUCAGUGGGGUGGGCUACAAUGGAGAAGGAAAUGUUUACCUUCUGCCAUCAAAGGAGAUACUUAAAGAAUUUUCCAACGUCUCAGUUGGGAAACUAGUGGAGGCUGGCUGCGUGGUCAAUAAUGCCAUUAUCAGGAAAAACAGUGUGAUAGGACAGCCCACGGAAGGAGCUCUUCUUGCUCUUGCAAUGAAGAUGGAAUUAGCUGACAUAAAAGAUAUUUAUGCAAGAAAGAAGGAAAUUCCAUUUAGCUCCGAACAAAAGUGGAUGGCUGUGAAAUGCACACUGAAAAAUCAGGAUCAGGAAGAUAUUUACUUCAUGAAAGGCGCAUUUGAAGAAGUGAUUCGAUAUUGCACUAUGUAUAACAGCAGUGGCAUCUCAUUAAUGCUCACACCUCAGCAGAAAGCCUCCUACCAGCAGGAAGAGAAAAGAAUGGGCUCCUCUGGUCUACGGGUGCUCGCUUUGGCUUCAGGUUCAGAACUUGGCAAACUAACCUUUUUGGGCCUGGUUGGAAUAAUUGAUCCCCCCAGGGCUGGAGUGAAAGAAGCUGUGCAGGUCCUUGUUGAGUCUGGUGUCUCAGUAAAGAUGAUAACUGGAGAUGCCCUGGAAACUGCUGUGGCUAUAGGGCAGAAUAUUGGUCUCUGCAAUGGGAAACUGAAAGCCAUGUCUGGGGAAGAGCUGGAUCAAGUGGCAGAAUCAGAACUCUCAUCCACUGUCAAAAAUAUUUCUAUUUUCUUUAGAACAAGUCCAAAGCACAAGCUGAAAAUCAUAAAGGCUUUGCAGAGAGCUGGUGCCAUUGUGUCAAUGACAGGAGAUGGUGUUAAUGAUGCUGUGGCUCUUAAAUCUGCCGAUAUUGGGAUCGCAAUGGGGCAGGCGGGUACAGAUGUCAGCAAAGAGGCUGCCAACAUGAUCCUUGUGGACGAUGACUUCUCAACAGUAAUGAAUGCAAUAGAAGAGGGAAAAGGAAUAUUUUACAACAUAAAAAACUUUGUCCGGUUCCAGCUGAGCACGAGCAUUUCAGCUUUGAGCUUAAUUACUCUGUCAACAGUGCUCAACCUACCAAAUCCACUCAAUGCUAUGCAGAUCUUAUGGAUCAACAUCAUCAUGGAUGGGCCCCCAGCCCAAAGCUUGGGAGUUGAACCUGUUGAUAAGGAUACAAUCAAACAGCCACCCCGAUGUAUUACGGACACUAUACUCAGCAAAUCACUGAUCCUGAAAAUCUUCAUGUCAGCUCUAAUUAUCAUUAGUGGAACCCUCUUCGUCUUCUGGAAGGAGAAUCCUAAAGGUGGCAUAACCCCCAGGACCACAACCAUGACUUUUACGUGUUUUGUGUUUUUUGACCUCUUCAAUGCUCUGACGUGUCGUUCUCAGACAAAGCUGAUACUGGAAAUAGGCUUUUUUCGAAACCGCAUGUUCUUGUAUUCUGUGCUCGGGUCAUUUCUGGGACAGCUGGCUGUUAUAUACGUCCCUCCAUUACAAAAGAUCUUCCAGACAGAGAAUUUAGGAGUGCUAGACUUGCUCUUUCUCACUGGACUGGCUUCCUCAGUUUUCAUCGUGUCUGAGUUGGUCAAACUCUGUGAAAAACGCUGCUGCCACCAGAAGCACACCAAGGAAUGCAGUAACUGAUACAAAAAAGAUGCCCGGAGCAGAGCUGUGAUGCUGGGGAACUCAAUGCACUGGUCUAACGAUCGCAUCUGUAUGAAGAUACCCCAGUGAAUCUGUACCAACAGUUCUUCCCACUCCAGUCUAUUCCUUUUGUGCACUGUACAUAAGCUACGUGAGCUGUCUACAGACAUCUCUGGAAUGACUGCUGUUUUAAACCAAGAUCAGGUGUAUUUUUAUAACAUUGAUCUUUGUGUUGAGAAUGCUGAUAGCCCCCAGAGUAACACAGUUUCACACCUGUACAGAAAAAUCUAUUGUGCAUAAAUUGAAGUUUUAUUUAUUUAAAUCACAAUGAUUUUUAUUAAUAAAAUUCUAUGUUUUAAAAUGA